CAACUGAAAUCACAUUGAUAGAUGUCGAUAUUAGCCUACUUAAUGGAUUAAUCGGUUGACUAAUUUGUGCAUAUUAGAUAAUUUCUUCGUAAUAUUUUUUGAAAGACUAACGCUGAGCUAAUUAGAUCUCGAGCUUUCGGUCCGCAAAAAAUCUUCUCAAUAGCUGAUGUCAAUGCUGACGUACAUAGGCAAUCGAUGGGCUUUGGAUAUCAUAAAGAUUGCUGAGAGCCACCAUUGAGAAUGUCAGAACAGCUACCCAGUGGAUACAAGGAGCCAUUUUAUAAAGGCGAAUACAGCUUCAACACAGGUAGGGUACAUCAGUUCACAUGGGUAGACUACCUGAUCUUUGCAGCUAUGUUGGCUAUCUCAGCCAGCAUCGGCGUGUUUCACGCCAUCAAGGACCGCAAGAAGAAUCUGGACAACUACCUUAUGGCCGGAAGGCAAAUGAGCCCGAUUCCAGUGGGGCUCUCUCUACUGGCUAGCUUCAUGUCUGCAAUCACUUUACUCGGGAAUCCCGCGGAAAUAUAUCUGUAUUCUAUAAUGUACUUCUGGAUUGGAGUGGGCUACUUCCUGUGUAUUGCAGGCGCAUCACACAUCUACCUACCUAUGUUCUAUCAGCUGCAAGUUACCAGUGCCUAUGAGUACCUAGAGCAACGUUUUUCCCGUGGUGUCAGGACUGCAGCCUCGCUGGUCUUUGUACUACAGUCUAUCCUAUACAUGGCCAUAGUCUUAUAUGCACCAAGUCUAGCCCUAAAUGCAGUGACUGGUUUUACAUUGUGGGGUUCUGUUGUGGCUAUUGGUUCCAUUGCUACACUGUAUACCGCAUUUGGAGGGAUGAAGGCGGUGCUCUUCGCCGACAGUUUCCAGGUUCUGACCAUGAUGACCGCACUACUGGCAGUGCUGAUCAAAGGUGGCAUGGUGAUAGGUGGACUGGGUCCAGCCUGGGAGUCAUUGAAGAGGACAAACAGAUACAUCUGGGACGACACCACAGUGGAUCCUUCAGUCCGGCAUACUGUCUGGUCACUGGCCAUAGGCGGCUAUUUUACGUGGGUGGCUAUUUUCGGCGUGAACCAGACCCAAGUACAGAGAGCUGUCACCACUCCAUCACUGACCAAGGCAAAAAUCGCCAUGUGGAUGAACUUCCCAGGGAAAUGUUUUAUCCUGUUCCUCUGCUGCUUCAUUGGCAUCUACAUGUCAGCGUUCUAUGAGAACUGUGACCCCAUCAAAGCCAAGUUUAUUAGUGACUCUAAUCAGGUGUUACCAAUGUUUGUGAUGGAUGUAUUGAGUGACCAACAGGGUCUUCCAGGUCUUUUUAUAGCUGGUCUCUUUAGCGGUGCUCUCAGUACUCUUGCUUCUGGCCUGAACUCGCUCUCUGCUGCUGUGUUUAAAGAUGUGAUAGGACUGUACUGGAAGGAUAAAUUCAACGACAGAAGUGCCAGAAUUCUUUCUAUUCUCAUAGUCAUAAUUUUUGGAGCCAUCUUACUUGGACUCGCAUAUGUGGCGUCACUUCUUGGCAAUGUUCUUCAGGCAGCCUUGUCUCUGUUUGGUAUCAUUGGUGGCCCUUUGCUCGGUGUGUUCACUUUAGGAAUGUUCUUCCCAUGGGCUAAUUAUAUUGGCGCCUUUUGUGGACUCUUUGGCAGCUUAAUUUUACUGUUCUGGAUUGGAGUAGGAGCCGCAGUGUACUCACCGCCGAAUUUAAAGGCGUUUCAUUAUAUCAACAACUGUAAUCUAUCUGUUCUGUCCAACGAUACUAUAGCCUCGAUGUUCGCUAACGUAACCAAAGUGAUUGAUACGAGUGCCCCAGCCUAUGGUUUGUACCGACUAUCGUAUAUGUACUACAGUAUGACAGCAGUUUUAGCUACUGUAACCAUUGGUUUAGUGGUUAGUUUCAUCACAGGUUACACCAAACCUCAAGACGUCAACCCCAGAUUGAUCUGUCCAUUUUUUGACGUCAUCUUUCCCUUUUGCUUCCUUCCAGAAUGUAUUCGUAAACCUUUACGAUUUGGUAUCGUGCACACAGGAGUAUAUGGCGAGCCAGAGAUUGUUGACAAAGAAAGUAAGAGUCCAGACAAAGUUCAGUCAGUAGAGAAUCACAUCAAUCUAGCUCUUGAGGUGGACACACAACAAGGAAAGAUUAAAAGUAACAAAAUUGGUGUAGACGUGAAUGGUGCAGACAAUGUUGACACAAAACUUUGACCUUAAUAAGCUGGCAUCAAACUGUUUACUCUUAAUGUUAAUCUUUGUAAUUUAAGUUUGAAAUUAUUUAUUUAUGUAUUUGCAACAUUUGAUCUAUUAUAGUUACUGCCUAGCAUAGCUUAAUUUUCUUUAGCACAAUGUAAGCUUGUAAAAUACAUUUAGUCAACAUAUGAAUUAUUUACUUUAUCAAUGAAACAUAAAUAUUGGCUAUAGCAUUGGUUGGUUUAUAAAUCACUUGGGUAACAUAGAAUAGAAAACAUUCUCUUGAAUAGAAACAUAUUAUUCAUUGGAAGGUAUCCUGUUCCAUUUCUUUCUUACACACAUUCCUGUAAGAUGGAAAUUAGGCUAAGUGAAAAUAUGUCCAUGUGGAGUGUCACAAGAGAAUGCUGGACAACAUUCUUUAGCACAAGGUUCUAUCCCUUUAGAAGUCAAGCUGUAUGGAGAACUGUUUGAUCUGGAAAUCAGUCUUUCUCUAAGUUAUACAUCAGUGUUUCACUUUGUUAAGUAUCAAUAUCUCACUAAGUUCUACAUCAGUGUUUCACUAUAUUAUAAGCAAGUGUUUCUCUAUGAUAUAAUAACAGAAAUGAUUUCUUAAAUACAAAAUUGUGUCCCAUCAAAAUCACCAGACCAGGGAGUAUUGCAGAGAUAUUGAAAACAUAACAGGAACAGUAAACUCACCUGGAUCUCAUGUCCCUGAACUUAACUUUGUCCAAUUUACCUUAAGUUUUUGCUUAUUUAAACCAUAAGUUAACUUGUAUUUUUGUAUUAUGCUUUAUUGUUUACAAAUGUUAAAAACUAUUUAUAAAUAAUGUGUAUAUUGAAAAUAAUACAAAGCAGUCUUUAUUUAUAUCCACUAUCUC